CAUUAUAUAACUUGCAUAUUUACUACAUAUAUGUCAUUUGAAGUGAUUAUCUUAUUAAAAGAUCAGUUUAUUUAAGAGUUUCUUUAUACAUUAAAUGUGUACAUGUUGAUCUUAAACAUUAUGUAUUAUCAUUAUAUUAUACUUAUUAAUGUAAUUAAUAAAGGUUUCAUGAACAGUGAUAGCCAUUUCUAUAUACUUAAUUGCAACACCGAGUUAUACUGGUUUAUAAAAUAUGAAUACAUCACAAGACAUCAGCACAUGAGAUGUUUUAACAGCUUUAAAACAUGUACAGUAAGUUUAUAUUUCAACAGACAAUGAAACAAACUUGUGUAUCUAAUAUGGCAAUACAAAAAAAAUGCCAAGCAGGAAGUGCAUACUUUAUAAUGUUUAGGACGAUAGUCCAUGCUUUAGAUGGUUGUGAUUACUUUAUUAGUAAUCAAAAUAGAAAUAUAAGUCAACCGUUGUCACUUAGUUAUGGUAUUCAUAUCAAUUUAAAAUGAACUAUUAAUUAACAAUAAAUAAGAUUAGAGUAGAAGUGGGAGGGGAAGCUUUGGCCAACUUGAAUGAGACAUGGCAAGCAGUGGAGCUACACAGAAGUUAAAGAUACUUUGCAUUCAUGGCUACAGACAAAAUGCCCAGAGUUUCAGAGAACGGACUGGAGCCUUCAGGAAAUUUCCCAUUGUCAAGAAACAGACAGACCUUGUGUUCAUAACUGCCCCAAACAGAGUUCCAAGUAUGCAUGGAGAGGAAGCACCAGGUGAUGGCCAGGCAGCUGAAGGUUUAGGUGAGACAGGCUGGUGGUUUUCUGCCCCAGACAACACAUACAUGGCUCAAGAAUUUACCGACUGUUGUAAGGGGUACCAAGAAUCACUUGACAUGGUCACAGAGGUCUUCAAAACACAGGGUCCAUUUGAUGGCAUUCUCAGUUUUAGCCAGGGAGCCUCCUUCGCCUCCUUGUUGUGCGGUAUUCAACAGCAAAAUCCAGAUAUCAACCAAUCAAUUGCGAUAAUCAUUGCAAAAAUAGAAAUCAAUGCUCGUAACGGUCGCUACUCGUUCGCUCGUAAGCGUCCAUUGUUUGGUGAAAGGGUUCUAAUUGACUCGCCUAUAAAAUUCAACUUUGUGAUACUUGUUGCUGGGUUUAAGAGCAGACAAUCUGCACAUGAACAUCUUUAUAAGGAGAAAAUCACAGUUCCCUCCCUUCAUGUGUUCGGUGAUACAGACAAGGUCAUACAAAAAGAUAUGAGCGAGGCCCUUCUCCAGCAUUUUGUGGAGCCGGUCAUUCUUCAACAUGAGGGGGGCCACUUUAUACCCACGACAGGGGCUCAUAAACAAGUGUACACGCAGUUUCUACAGAAAAUGUUGGAUAGCAGGGCCUCCAAUAGCUGAUAAUCAUAAUGCACAAUGUUGGACAGCAGCGUCUCAAAUAUCUGAGAAUCACAAUGUACUAUUUUGGAAAGCAGGGCCUUUGUACCAAUGGUAUAGUCGGGAUGAAAGGGACAUUUACUUACCAGAAGUUUUAAAGACAGAGUCUGUUUGACUGUGGUUAAUGAUCAGACAUGUGCCUGGAUAAUAGUGUUUGCUCCCUUAAAUAUAUUUUUGGUCAUUUAAACCCAUUGUAAAAAUGCUUUUUGAGGUGAAGUCCAGUUUCUGUUUGACUUUGGUUCAUGUAGAAAUGCUUUUUUUGAUGAGUACUUGAAUGGGUAUUACUUUUUGAACAACACUUUUAGCUCAACUAUUCGAAGAAUAAGGAGAGCUAUCCUAGUCAACUGAGCGUCGGCGUAACCACUUAUGUUAAAGUUUGCAUACCACCUCAAAUAUUUUCAAAGUCUAUUGACGUAUGGCUUUGAAACUUUGCACACUUGUUCACCAUCAUGCCCCCAACUUGUUCACUGGAGGAGGUAACUCUAUCAAGCAUUUUGACAAAAUUAUGCCCCUUUUUCUACUUAGAAUUUACGUUAAAGUUUGCGUACCACCUCAAAUAAUUUCAAAGUCCAUUAACAUCUGGCUUUGAAACUUUGCACGCUUGUUCACCAUCAUGCUCUCAACCCUUACACAGGAGGAGGUAACUCAAUCAAGUAUUUUUACAAAAUUAUGCCCCUUUUUCUACUUAAAAUUUACAUUAAAGUUUGCGUACCACCUCAAAUAUUUUCAAAGUCCAUUGACAUCUGGCUUUGAAACUUUCCACGCUUGUUCACCAUCAUGCUCCCAACCCUUACACAGGAGGAGGUAACUCUAUCAAGUAUUUUUACAAAAUUAUGCCCCUUUUUGUGUUGCCUGAAAAGACGACAUAUAGGGGUUACUUUUGUCGGCGGCGGCGGCGUCCGCGUCCCAUUUUCGCUUGUCUGAGGUAUAUCUCCUAAACUAUUAGUGGUAUCAACUUGAAAUUUCAUAUGUAGAUAAAUCUAAUUGAGGGCAAGUGCAGUGCACAAGAACUGUUACUCUUGCUUCCAUAUUUUUAGAGUUAUUGCCCUUUGUUAUUUUUAAUGCUUAAAGUUAUGUCCGGGGCAUAUCUUGUAGAAUAUAAGAGUUAUCAACUUGAAACUUCAUAUAUAGAUAGAUCUCAUGGAGGGCAAGUGCAGUGCACAAUAACAGUAACUCUUGCUUUCUUAGUUUGAAAGUUAUUGCCCUUUGUUAAUUUUCAUGCGUAAAGUUUUGUCCGGGGCAUAUCUUGAAGAAUAUAAGAGGUAUCAACUUGAAACUUCAUAGCUAGAUAGAUAUCAUUGAGGGCAAGUGCAGUGCACAAGAACCGUUACUCUUGCUGCCAUAUUUUUAGAGUUAUUGCCCUUUGUUUAUUUUCUUGCUUAGAUUUGUCCGUGGCAUAUCUCGUAAACUAUAGGAGGUAUCAACCUGAAACUUAUUCCAUAGGUAUAUCUGAUUGAGGGAAAGUGCAGUGCACAAAAACCGUAACUUUUGCAUCUAUAUGUUUAGAGUUAUUGCCCUUUGUUAAUUUUCAUGCUUAAAAGUUUUGUUCGGGGCAUAUCUUGAAGAAUAUAAGAGGUAUCAACUUGAAACUUCAUAGCUAGAUAGAUCUCAUUGAGGGCAAGUGCAGUACACAAGAACCGUUACUCUUGCUGCCAUAAUAUUAGAGUUAUUGCCCUUUGUUAAUUUUCUUGCUUAGAUUUGUCCGUGGCAUAUCUCGUAAACUAUAGGAGGUAUCAACCUGAAACUUAUUCCGUAGGUAUAUCUGAUUGAGGGAAAGUGCAGUGCACAAAAACCGUAACUCUUGCAUCUAUAUGUUUAGAGUUAUUGCCCUUUGUUAAUUUUCAUGCUUAAAGUUUUGUCCAGGUCAUAUCUUGAAGAAUAUAAGAGGUAUCAACUUGAAACUUCAUAGCUAGAUAGAUCUCAUUGAGGGCUAGUGCAGUGCACAUGAACCGUAACUCUUGCUGCCAUAUUUUUAGAGUUAUUGCCCUUUGUUAAUUUUCAUGCUUAGGUUUUGUCUGUGGCAUAUCUCGUAAACUAUAGGAGGUAUCAACCUGAAACUUAUUCCGUAGGUAUAUCUGAAUGAGGGAAAGUGCAGUGCACAAAAACCGUAACUCUUGCAUCUAUAUGUUUAGAGCUAUUGCCCUUUGUUAAUUUUCAAGCUUAAAUUUUGUCCGGGGCAUUUCUCGAAAAGUAUAAGAGUUAUCAACUUGAAACUUUAUAGAUAGAUAGAUCUUAUUGAAGGGGAUCGCAGUGCACAAAAACUGUAUCUCUUGCUUCCAUAUUAGAGUUAUUGCCCUUUGUUAAUUUUCAUGUUUAACUUUACCUUGCACACUUUUUUAGCCCACCAGAUCACGAAGUGCUUCCUUGGGUGUCCCUCUACAAAAAUACAACAAGAGGUUAUGAUUGAUUAACAACAAGAACAACAAAAUGGCCGACUUCCUGUUUUGCUUUAAAAAACAUCUUCUCUGAAACUAUCAGUCCAAAUUCAAUGAAACUUUACAGAAAGCUUUCUUGGGUGACCCUCUACAAAAAUACAACCUACACUUGAAAGAUAAAUGGCAACAUCAUUGUCUAUAAAUGAAUAAAAUGCCAAUCUAACAGCUAUAAUGUCGACAGUAAAUAAUUCGUCAGGCGACACAUCCAACUCGCGGAGUUCUAGUUCGACUUAAAAUUUACAUUAAAGUUUGCGUACCACCUCAAAUAUUUUCAAAGUCCAUUGACAUCUGGCUUUGAAACUUUGCAGGCUUGUUCACCAUCAUGCUCCCAAUCUGUACACAGGAGGAGGUCACUGUAUCAAGCAUUUUGACAGAAUUAUGCCCCUUUUUCGACUUAGAAUUUACAUUAAAGUUUGCGUACCACCUCAAAUAUUUUCAAAGUCCAUUGACAUCUGGCUUUGAAACUUUGCACGCUUGUUCACCAUCAUGCCCCCAACCUGUACACAGGAGGAGGUCACUGCAUCAAGCAUUUUGACAGAAUUAUGCCCCUUUUUUUACUUAGAAUUUACGUUAAAGUUUGCAUACCACCUCAAAUAUUUUCCAAUUUAAUUGUCAUCUGGCUUAGACCAUUCACAAAGCCUUUUUUAUUCACACUCUUUUCUAUUUACAAGUUCCUGUUAUAAACUACACUUUAACAAUAUCCUCCAGGAUGGAUAUUAUUUUAUAUUGUCAAUCACUGAGAAUAGUCGAGCCCGCUGUCUAGUGACAGCUCUUGUUCAGGUUUGAGAUUGCUCUCAGAGGGAAUAACUGUACAACAUUUUCGUUCCGAGUUUAAAUUAUAUGGGGAAAAAAAAUAUUUUAACUCAUUCAUGUUUAUAAAACUUUUUUCUUUCUUUUUUCAUUUUUUUUUUUUUUUCUACCAAAAUAAUCAAGCAAACAGUUAAUUUGUGGGAUCUAAAGGUGCUUUCAUUUGCUGGACACUGACCAUUUGAAAAUGUGUAGACAGACUUAUGUGAUGGUGUCAAAUAUUGUGUACUGAAUGCGCCAUUGGUGAAAGGUAUUUUAGUGAAUGUGUUAUAAAUUUAUGUGAUCUGUUUGUAAAGUGUUUUUUCUUCGGAUUAUACCAAAUACAUGUAUACAAAGGUUUUCAUAUUUUAUCAUGGUUAUGCUUUUUGGUUCAACAAGAAAUGUGAUACUCUUGUUUAUUUUUGGCUGAAGUAUUAAAAUAAUAUAAAAGGU